CUCCCUGUCCGAUCGUUAUUGCGGGCGCGCACCGAGCACUAACAACGAUUCGAUUUAGGGAUAAUUAAUUAUGAAGCAUGGGACUACUACGUAUUUGGAGAUGAGAAUAAUCCGAAAAUCACUACCCGGAAAGUUAUUUUAAUGGAAAGAACGGGCACAGGAACAGAUGGACCGUUGAGCCUUAACCUCACCACUAGCCACCGGAGGCUGAUCAUCCCAAACUACAAUUCCCACCAGCACUUCUCCCUCCAUGCCCAUGUGGCCUAUGGCUCAUCAUCACCAACAUGGGAUAUGGGCAAGUCCUCCACCGAUGCGGAAAUGAGGAAGACCAGGUAUACCUCAACGUGGGAGGUGUCCGGCACGAGGUGGCAGAGGAGACGCUGCUCCGCUUCCCCCACACACGCCUGGGCCGUCUGCUACACUGCCGGAGCGAGGACGCCAUCCUGGAGCUCUGCGACGACUACAGUGCCACCGAGCGCGAGUACUACUUUGACCGCAACCCCCACAUCUUCAUCAGCGUGAUCAACUUCUACCGCACGGGCCGCAUCCACAUGAUGGAGGAGGUGUGCGUCUUCUCCUUCAGCCAGGAGAUUGAGUACUGGGGCAUACAGGAGCUCCACUUAGGGGAGUGCUGCAGCAACUGGUUCCAGGAGCGCAAGGAGUACAUCGAGGACUGCGACUGGGACAUCCAAAGCGACGACGUGCAGCCGCCCAGCUUGGACUCGUCCUUCGAGGAGCUCUCAGCCCUGGACAAGGACCUGGAGAAGUUCAAGGGGGCGUGGUGUGCCGAGGUGCGGAGCUACGUGUGGAUAAGGCUGGAGGACCCCGGUCAUUCACUCUCGUCCAAGAUCAUCGCUGUGGCCUCGCUGAGCGUGGUGCUCACCUCCAUCGUGGCCAUGUGCGUCCACAGCAUGCCCGAGUUUCAGAUCGUGGACGAGAACGAGAGGCACAUCGAGGACCCCGUGCUGGCCAUCCUGGAGGUGGUCUGCAUCGUCUGCUUCUCGGCCGAGUUCAUAAUCCGAUUGAUCGUAGCCCCCUCCCCCAGGAAGUUCCUCAGCAACACCCUGAACAUCAUCGACGUGGCCUCCAUCCUGCCCUUCUACAUCACGCUGGCCUUUGAGACGGCGGAUGAGGAGAAUGAGAACCUGGAGAACGUGGGCAAGGUGGUGCAGGUCCUCCGGCUGAUGCGCGUCUUCAGGAUCCUUAAAUUGGCGCGCCAUUCGGUGGGUCUGCGUGCGCUUGGCGCCACGGUCCGCCACAGCUACCACGAGGUGGGCCUGCUGCUCCUCUUCCUCUCUGUGGGCAUCUCCAUCUUCUCUGUGCUCAUCUACUCGGCAGAGAAAGAGGAGGAGGACACCGAGCUGGGCACCAUUCCCAUGGGCUGGUGGUGGGCCACCAUCACCAUGACCACCGUGGGCUACGGUGACACCUGCCCGGUGACGUUGCUGGGGAAGCUGGUGGCCACCCUGUGCAUCCUCUGCGGCUUGCUGGUGGUCGCCUUGCCUAUCACCAUAAUCUUCAACAAGUUUUCCAAGUACUACCAGAGGAACAAAGCCAUUGAGGAGGGCCUGUGUCUGAGUCAGCAGGCGUCCGAGAGACAUGACCUGGAGCUCACUAACCAUAACAUCAGAGAACUCUGCGCCCAGAGUCUGGGCGUGUACCCUUUCAUGGGCGGCCUCGCAUUCAAGAACAGUGAAAGUAGUGGUGGGGACGAUACGGACGCCUCCAGCCUACAGGACAUAGAGGAGGUGUGUGACACAGACACUCUGGACAAUGGGGCAGCGAAAUUAAGCUUGAGGCUUUAGAAAGCUCAGUACACCUCAAAGGACCAAGCUCUCCAUGUUAACUCUUAAUGUCUUCCGUGCAUGGCUGACUCUAGACUUUAACAACACUGUGGCCAUGGGAUUUUUUUAUAUUCUGAUAAAUAUAUCCCUGAAAUGAGAGGGCUUGGAUCCCACUUAUAAAGGUUUGAAUGUAAUUCGUCUGUUGGGCAAGAUAUUGCAACGUUGCAUGCAUAUGUUAAGGAAUUUACAUUAUAUCGUACAGAUUUGUCCGCUCAAAAGUUCAGUAAAGGUUUACAUAUGCAAAGAAAAACUAAAUUGAUUUGAGAAAAUCAAGAGAUUCAGAUUUGAUGUUUCACCCUCUGCAUGAACAAAAACACAUAAGACAAGUCAUCAAUCAUAGGUAGUGGAUCAUACUUUGGGACCACAGUAACUGUAGAUAAAGAGACUGAAAUUACCUCUCUACAAAACCUCACGUGCUAUAAGCUCUGAUAUACAGGCCCUUUGAUUAGAAAGUCAUUGAAACAUUGUCUUAGAAAUGUAUGUUGGCAUGCUAGCUCCCUGGGUUAGGCCGUAUGGACAUACUAAUCAAAUAAAGUCAGACCUGC